AUGGGGGAUGACGAAGCAGCCAAACAAGACGACUUCAUCGCUUUCGACAUGGACGAAGAGCUCAUAGAUCAGUGUGACGGGCCAGUCCCAACCUCCUCUGUAGCAGCCCACGGCACCGGCACAGGCGGUCCCGCCAACCGCCGAGGCCCCCACAACGACCCGGGCAACGUCCAUUCCAAGCCGCGAUUGAGGAAACCAGAGAUAAACAGCCUCGAGGUGUUGACGCCGUUACCCAUCCCACCUUGGCAACCAAAAGACAGGAAAUAUUCAAGGAACUUGUUGAAGAUGCUGCAUGAGGAGAUUGAUGAUUAUAUCUCGUACUUGAUCCCCACCGAAGCUGGGCAUGCUAUUGAUGUGGACGUGGUGAUAUUAGAUCAGACAAUGCAUCUCCCACCAAUACGGCAAGUAAAGGAGGCCAUCCGAAAAGCAGGAAUUGCAUCAAGGAUGGAAUGCAUAACAGGCGCCAAGGUCCCCAUCAUCAAGAUGAUGAAGUCCAUAACAGGCUACCCUGCCAACAUCAGCGUCAACGUUGCCGCCGGCAUGCACGCCACUGAGAUCGUCAAAACCUUCCUGAACGAUCCGCGGUGCGGCGAAGGAUUACGGGUGCUGCUGCUGAUCAUGAAGCAGGUCCAGUUGCAACGGAACCGGAAUGAGAUUUUUACCAGUGGGAUAGGAGGUUACACGCUGAUGAGCAUCAUUGCGGCAUUUAUGAGGAUGCAUCCGAGACUGCAGACGGGACGAAUACAGGCAAAAGGUAACCUUGGAGUGCUGCUGAUCAAGCUGUUGGAGUUUUACGGAGUCAACUUCAACUAUGAGGUGGUUAGGAUUGCAAUGGAUAUGGAAGGAGUGUGGUAUUUCCCCAAGGACAAAUACGUGGACGGCUAUCCCGUGGGGAUCAGAGGGCUUGCACAAGGUUCUGUAGCCAACGCCAUCACGGCAGCCAUCGAUGUACACAAGUAUCUGGAUUUUCUGGAAUCGGAAUCGUCCGUUAACCGCCGUGGAAAGUCUCUUAGCAUCGCGCGCUUGCAGAAUCAAAGGAACAAGGAACAAGCGUUGGCGGAGCGGGAGCGACAAGGUUCCGCUGAAGAGACCGGGACCACUAUCUUAUGGGAACAGUUUCUGGAGGCUAAGAAGUGCAAAAAAAAAGAAAGCCGAAUGUCGUUGAGGAAUCAUAUCGCCCUCAUUCAAGGACGCCAUGCAAUUGUCGUCAGCGACUACAAGAAUCGGAUGUACAACGGGUCCAGAGACACCAUGGAACUUCCAAACGAUGACAACUUGAUUAUCAAGUACCUGACCUACCUUCUGAAGCCCGAAGUCCGUGUUUUGCUGACCAAAGGCAAGAUUGUUCAGAAACACAUCGGUCUUUUGAACAUUUCCAGCAAUGCUUUGCGUCAUUCCUUCACGACGUUUAUGGAAUCAGUUGCCAAUGAGGAUCACGUCCGUCUGCAAGAGUUGACGGCAUCUGCUAUGCGUCACAAUGUUCGGUGA